UAUACUAUAUUGAAAGCAAUGUGGCGUUAGUUGGUAAACGAUAACUGAUACGGGGGACUGACUAGCUUGCGUCGAUCUGUUACCAAAUAGGAUUCGCUUGUAACAUCGUCAUGAGCAGCUGAUCAAAAGAACUGCUGUUGGACUAAAACUAUAAUCUAGUUAGUUAACAUCUGCCGAAAACAAGCCUCAAAUCAGGAUACCAAAACAAAAAUGGUCGUAUACAGAAUGAAGACACUGCUGAUCGUUUCGGGGUUGCUGGCAUUUGUGACAUGUGCCGAUUACCCGCCACUGACGGAGUCUGUGCUCAAAUUCAUGAUGGAGGGGAUCUCCAUGAUGAACACAGAGCCUAAGGAGGUGCGCACAGUUCUUCGGGAAUACGACUUUGUUAUUGUGGGCGCUGGUUCAGCUGGAUGCACUGUGGCGAAUCGAUUAUCUGAGGUGCCAGAAUGGAAGGUGCUUCUGCUAGAGGCUGGACGAGAAGAAAACUAUUUAAUGGAUAUACCAUUGGUAGCCAAUAUGCUUCAAUUUUCUGAUGCUAAUUGGAAAUACAAAACAAUCCCUUCAAAAAAUUAUUGUCAAGGUAUGGUCAACCAUCAAUGCAAUAUACCUCGUGGAAAGGUAAUGGGAGGGAGCAGUGUGCUGAACUACAUGAUCUACACGAGAGGGCAUCGUUUGGACUAUGACCAGUGGGCAUCUGCAGGCAACAGAGGGUGGGGAUAUGACGAGGUCUUGCACUACUUCAUGAAAUCCGAGGAUAUGCAGAUUCCAGGGAUCAUGAAUGAUAAAGAACAUCACAGCCGUGGAGGAUACCUGACUAUCACACAUCCUCCAUUCAGGACAAAACUGGCUAGAGCGUUUGUUAAGGCUGGAGUUGAAUUGGGAAAUGACGAAGUGGAUUACAAUGGAGCAACCCAGACGGGAUUCUCAUAUCUACAGGUAACAAUGAGAAACGGAUCAAGAUGGAGUACAUCAAGGGCAUUCCUACAUCCAAUCUCCUAUCGAAAAAAUCUUCACAUCAAGAAAAGAAGUCAAGUAACCAAGAUUCUGAUUGAUAGCAAUACAAAACGAGCUUACGGUGUGGAGUAUAUACGGAACAACAGGAAAUACAUUGUAACUGCUAGAAAGGAAGUUAUCCUAUCAGCUGGUGCUAUCAACUCACCUCAACUUCUUAUGGUAUCAGGAGUGGGUCCUGCUCAGCACCUCAAAAACUUGGGAAUCAAUGUUAUAAAGGAUUUGCCAGUGGGUUACAAUUUGCAAGACCAUGUAGCUCUUGGAGGAUUAACAUUCUUAGUUAAUGAUACAGCUUCUUUGAAAAUAGAGAGGAUUCUGAAUGAUCCUAAUGUACUCAACAACUACAUCCAGUAUCAUCAGAGUUGGUUGUCGAUUCCUGGUGGAACUGAGGCGAUCGCUUUCUAUGAUCUCCAAAAGCCCAACGACAAAGAUGGACAUCCUGACUUGGAACUACUGUUCAUUGCAGGAACUCUCACUGCAGAACCAACACUCCAAAAGAAUUUUGGGAUAUCAGAUGAAGUAAUGAAAGCAAUGUUUAUAGGGUAUGAAAAAAGGGAUGGAUUCAUGGUGUUCCCCAUGGUAAUGAGACCUAAAAGUAGAGGACGUGUAAUGUUGAGAGACAAGAAUCCUUUACAUAGUCCUUUAAUUGAUAUGGGGUAUUUUUCGAAUCCUGAAGAUCUCGAUAUUCUGGUAGGUGGAGUGAGAAAGUGUCAAGAGCUGGUGAAAACUAAGGCAAUGAAGAGGCUGAACGCACAAAUUCUGCCCACAGUUAUACCAGGAUGCAGUAAUAUCAAGUAUGAUUCUGAUGAGUACUGGAAAUGUAAGUUUUUGAAUUUUUCUUUGCUUAAUUCUACUAUAUUUCUUAGUAACUGAACUCACUAACAGAGUAUGCAUUCUAUAUUUAUGAAUUUCAUAAAGCGUCUACUAAAGUAUUUUAAUAAAGUCACUUGAAUGUAUUUAAAUAUAACAUUCUUUUAAGUAAAAUUACUAGUAAUUUCCUAUGAUUAAUUCAUAAAGCUUGCCAAGCCAUUUCAACCGUAAUACUGUGAGAAUUGAUUUUGACCAAAAUACAGUUUAAUUUAUCCAUGAAACUGGAUUGAUGUAAAUUCAAACGAUAAUAUACAAUUAAAUCAUUUAAUUUCAUCCUCCAGUAAAGACUGAAAAGUAUUGUUCAUAAUCAUGUACGGUAAUCAUAAUAGAACUACCACUAAUCACAACACUAAUAUUAUUCAACUGAAAAUCUGAAGAAAUAUAAUAUUACAUCGAAUAUAAUUGUCAAUGUAAUAUUAGAAUUCCAGUCUCUUGAAAAAUACCAAAAGCAUAUGCGUAAUUUAUUUUAUUGUUUCUGUAUAAUCAUAAUAAUUUUAGUAUUUUGUUAUAAAAAUUCACAAUGCACUGUUUCUAUAAUACUGUGUACUACCUUUUUUAAAUAUCAAAUUGAAAGUGACAUGUAUUUUGAAAUUGUUAUUGUAUUUUUUUUAACUAUGAGAAUUCAUCGAGAUGUGAAAUUCAUGAGAACCAAAACGUGUAUUUUUAAUACUAGGAUGAGGACUUAAUAAAAUCAAAUAAUGAUUAUAGAAGAUGUAAGACAAAUAGCAAGAUUGAAAACCUCAAAAAUUAGAGUACAAAUCUUCAGUUCAAAACAUAUGACAUUUUGUCCGGAUUUGUUAUCAAUAUACAGUGAUUAUAGUUUCUGAAAGAUAGUACCUGCAUUUGAAAAAAAGUUAUAUCAAUACAUCAACGAUAACUAUUCUUGUGAUCCAAUGAUUGGAAUUUUUAUGUUUCAUCUUCAACUGUAAAAAACAUGUUCCAAAAUGCAAUAUGAUGAAACAACUCUACAUGAUUGAAAUGAAAUAAGAAUUAUCAAGAACGGUAGGUACCCUUAUUUAUAUUUUACUGAUUCACAACUAGUUUCAACUUAUUAGAGCCAUUUUCAAGGGUACUUGAUAACUUUUAUUUCUUUUCAAUAAUUUUGGUAGCCCCAUAAAGGAAAAAUUAAAACUUUAAAUUAAUAUUUUUCUUGAACUUUUUCUAUAUUUUACUUAGAUAUACUGUACCAAUGUCGUGAAAACUGUGAAAUAAUUUAGUCUUAGGAUAAAUAAUAUUCUAGCUAAGAUAUAAGUGGAAAAUGUGAUGAUUAGAUUGUAAAUUUUUCUGAUAAUAAUAUUAGGCUUCUCACAUCUGAUAAUUAUUAUUUAAUUGCUUUAUGUGUUUGUGAUUCAACUAAUAUUAUGUCUUUUAGAGAUAAGAGCUUAUAGAGAGCUGCCCAAAUAUACUGUUCCAGAUGA